AUUUAUUUAAUGAACGGAUCAACUCUCUACCUGGCAAUGAACUUGUCUCGUGCAGCUAGUGUUACUGCGACUACGACACCGACCACUUCUUCAUCACCUAUUUACUUGUCAUCAUGCUAUUUAGAUUUGCAAUUUUUGUGGGUCUUGGAUCUGUUGUUGCGACAAUUAUUUAUUUCACACCAAUUCCUGAACAAACAUUUUUAUCCUGUGAUCGACCAUGUCAUCAUCUCGACUGGCCAAUGAUUUGUCGUGUGAAAUUAAUUCUCGAGCCGUUCCACUCAUUGAGCAAAGCAUGUAGUGAUUGUCCAAUAAAUGAAACGUCAUGUUUAGAAAAUCAUUGUAUUUCUGUUGAUGGACAUCGUCGGGGUAUUCUCACUGUAAAUCGUCAAUUACCUGGUCCAAGUAUUCAGGUUUGUCAAAAUGAUAUUCUUGUGGUUGAUGUGAUAAAUAGAUUGCCAGGAAAAGCAGCAGCAAUACAUUGGCGUGGACAAAAUCAACUUGAGACACCAUGGAUGGAUGGUGUACCGUUAGUAACUCAAUGUCCAAUACCAAGUUACACGACGUUUCAAUAUAAAUUUCGUGCAUCAGUACCAGGAACACAUCUUUGGCAUUCACAUUCAGCGUCUGAUGUAUCAAACGGUAUUUUUGGCUCGUUGAUUGUUAGACAAGCUGAUCUUCAAGAACCUCAUAAAAAUUUAUAUGACAUUGAUGACCCAAAUAAUGUCCUGCUAAUAUCUCAAUGGCAUCAUUCAAUGUUAACUGAUUUGCCUAAAAAACCAGCACUGUUAUUGAUCAAUGGAAAAGGAAGACAAGAUGAUGGACCACUUGUACCAUUGACAGAAUUUAAUGUUAAUUUUAAUAAAAAAUAUCGUUUUAGAAUUGCAAAUGCUGGUGGUGCUGGCUCAUGUCCAGUUACAGUAACUAUUGAAAAACAUAGCAUGUUAAUAAUUGCACUUGAUGGUAAUUCAAUUCAUCCAAAAAUUAUCAAAUCAUUAACUCUUGCUAAAGGUGAAAGAGCAGAUAUUGUUUUAACAACAGAUAAUGAAAUAUCAAUUUAUAAAAUUAAUGUUGAUGAAGAAAAAGGCUGUAGUUCAACACCAAUAAGUGGUACAGCAUUAUUAAAGUACCAAGGACAUAAUCAAGAUACAUUAUCAUCAUUAAAAAAACCUAAUCAACAACAGAAAAUAAAUGGAAUUAUCUAUAAUGAACUAACGACAAAUCCAGUUGACAAGUGUGGUACAGCCAAUGCAAUUUGUGGAAGUGAAUUAAAAUCAAUUAAAAAAAUUCCAUUCAAUUUGCAAAAAUUAAAUGUCGAUGAAAAAAUUUAUCUUCCAAUUAAUCAAGUUAUGCAAUCUUCAGAAAUAUUAGGUGAAUUUGAGAUGAAAAUGAAUAUUAAUAAUGGAUCUUUUACAUAUCCAUCAUCACCAUUAUUAACACAAGGUGUUGAUAUACCUUAUGAUAUUAUUUGUUCAGAAUUUGAUCCAAAAACAACAUACAAAUGUCGUAAUAAUAAACCUGAACAAUCUUGUGAGUGUGUUAAUAUUAAAAAAAUAUCAUUGGGAUCAACUGUUGAAUUAAUUUUGAUAGAUCAAGCUGGACGUGAUGAUCUUGUUUUUCAUCUUCAUGGUUAUAAUUUUUAUGUCGUUGGUGCAAGAUAUCUUGGUGAUAAAAAAAGUCUUGAAGAAAUUAAAGAUAUGGAUGAUAAUAAUCGUUUAUUUUUAAGAAAUUUAGAUUCACCAAUAUUAAAAGACACUGUUGUUGUACCAAAAUACAGUGCAGUUGCUAUUCGUUUCAAGGCUGAUAAUCCAGGCUACUGGAUGUUACGUGAUGAGCAUGCAUUUGAGUGGACACGUGGCCUUGAUGUGAUACUUCAAGUUGGUGAUGUUGGUGACAUGGUACCACCACCAAAUGAAUUUCCCAAAUGUGGAUCUUUUGUUGGGCCUGACUAUUUUCUCAUCUAGACUGAAAACAAAAAGAUAAAAAAACAAAAUCAAUUUACAUUUUUUUUAAUUGAAAUUUAGUUAUUGAUAUUAUUAUUAUUAUUAUUUGUUACAGUUUUAAAGUUUUUAUUAUAUUUUUUUAUAUAAAUAUUUAAUUAACAACGUGAUAAUUUUUUAAUUACUUGUGUACAUAAAUAAGUGUAUAUAGUAAAAUUUUUCAAGUUAAAAAAUUUAGUAAAUAUAAUUAGUAAUUACUUGUUGUUAAAAUUGAAUUACUAAUUUUUAUGUAAAACAAAAGUAAAUUUACUUAUUUUUAAUUUGAAAUACUCAUCAAGUUUGAUAGAUAAUAUUUUUUUUUAAAUAGCAUGUAAUUUUUUUUAUCUGAUUUGAAAAAAAUUAUUUGUUUGAUUACAAAUAACUGAGCUACUUGACAAUAGCAUAGUAAUGUUUGAAAAAAAUUAAGACAGAUAGAUAAAAUAAUAAAAAAUACUAUUACCCAAUGAAAAAAAA